UUUUGCCGCUGUUUAGGGCGCCAUGUUUCAAUGGACAGAGACUUUCAUCAAAAUAUUUGCUGUAAUAUCGAUUUUAGUCAGCAUUAAUCGAGUUUCACCAUCUGUGACGGACGAACAAACAUUUGCAGAUCGUUUAUUACUCCUACGCAGUCAUUUUAUAUCAAUAUUGUUGCGGCAUGAGUUUGUGAGGCACCGAGACACUGUAAUGUGUCUCAUAGAAACACUUCAUUUGGGAUUAUUGUGUUACUUUAGGACUGUGGCGACUUUAUUAAAGCUUUAAAGAUCAGCAGGAUGUCCAUUGAUUUUGACAGUGCAGCUUUACAGACCCAGCAGGAGGAAGAGGAGUAUGAUCAGGAAGACUACGCCAGAGAACAAGAGCUCCACAAGCUCCUGACUGAUCUCCCUGAUGAUAUGCUGGAUGACAGCGCCGACUGCUCCUCACCUGAGCUCGACCGCUCCACCUGCAGCCACCCAGAAGACAACAACAGACCGCAGCAUGCCUGGAAUGUGCCACAAUGGGAGCAUCCAAGACCCUCUUCCCAUGAGGAACACUAUGAGGAGUAUCAUGAGGACUACAGCUAUAGGAGUCACACGUCUCAGACCAACAGUCACCCUCAUCACCUGCAGACCGGGACAGAACAUUUACCCACCAGCUGGGACCCACAGAACUACCAGUACCAGAACGGAGACUAUGCACACUCAUCCGCAGGCACGGACGAGUCCCACGGCACUGACUUCUCCACUGGGGACGGGGCGGAAGAGGACGCGUACCCUCAUAACGCUCUUCAACAUGGGGCAGGUUACCAUGGAGAUGAGGCACAAGUCCAUGGGGAGCAGAACAACAUCAGAAACCACUUUCAGGUUUUUGAUAAUGGAGGAGCUAGGAACAAACCCACUGAUGCCUACAAGGCUAGUUACCACCCACAUCAACAUUCAAACCAGCCCAAGAUGUUCAAUCCUCAAGUGACCAGUCAGAAUGGCCCCUUUGACCAGAUUCAGAGAGACUUCCUGGACUCAACUCAGAAUACAGCAGAUGGUCAGCAGCUGGCGCAGCUUCAGAUUUUAAACCGAGCUCAAUCCAGACAGAUCGAGGAGCUGGAACAGAAACUAGAGGACUGCAGGAGGAGGAUGAGAUAUCUGGAGCACCAAUUCGCCAUUGUUAAAGAUGAGAAAGACGGUCUGACCACAUCACUGAAGGAGUCCAGUGCACUAGUGGAGGAGGCGAAAGAGAGAGAAGCGCAGCUGCAGGGGAGAAUCAGAUCUCUGGAGAAACAGGUUCAGUCUCUCACAGACAGAGAGCAAGAGAGCCUAAAGCAGCAGCGUGUGGCUGAGGCGGCGAUGGACAGCAUGAAGCAGCAGAUGAUGGAUCUGUGUCGUUCAGACACUCUGACACGAGCACGAGAGCAGCACGAUAGAGACAUGGUCGCCAUCCGGGAGCAGUAUGAAGCCAAACUGCUCACCCUUCAGCAGAAACUAGACGCACAAUCACAAAGUCUAAACGAGCAGGUCGAGGCGGGCCAGCGGCUGCUGGAUCAGGUCCGGCUGCUGGAGCGUCAGAGGGAAGAGGAUCAGGUGGACAGAGCCUCCGUCAUCAACACCCUCACACAGCGCCUGGAGGAGAGCCAGCAGCAGUGUGCCAAACUGCUCCACACUGGCUCUGUUCAAGAGAUGAGUCAGUUACAGAUGAAGCUCCAGCAGGCUCAGUCUGCCCGCUCUAUCAGUGAAGACAUCAACAAAGCCCUGCAGGAAGAGAUGACUGAACUAAAGGAGCAGAUAAAUCUGUAUGAGUCUGCCAUUAAACAUGGAGCCCUGGAGUCUAAUGGAGACUGGGAGAACCAGCUGUCUGAGUCCUACGUGGACCUGAGGAUCAAGAAGUCCAAGUGGAAAAAUGGACGAAUCCACAGCACACCUCAUAUUGCAGAAGGAGACUCAACCCUGCUGAAGGAGGAAGUGGUGCGAGAGCUGAAGAGCGAGUUGCAGCGCUGCCUGAGUCACCUGAAGACCAAGCGUCUGAAGAUCUCUGAGCUGCAGGAGGAGCUGCGACGCUCUCAGACCAGAGCAGAGCAGCUGCAGACGCAGCUAGAGCAGGCUGAGAGAACUAUACGAGACUCUAAGGUGAGGGAGAGCAGCUUGGAGAAACACCUGGAAACAUCCCACAUGACUGCCGCCCCUCACAAAGACCUCAUCAGACUGCAGGAGGAGCGGCAGGUGCUGCAGGAGAGAGUGGAGGCUCUGGAGAAGAGGAAUCAGGAGCUGAAGCAGAGUGAAGAGAAGGUGAAGGCUGCCAACUCUGAGCUCUGCACCAAGAUGAGAGAGAUGAUCCAGGAGCUGGACCAGGAGAAACAGGAAGCAGCAGAGAGGGAUGAGAGGACUCAGCAGCAGUUCAGGGAUGACGUGGUGAAUCGUGUCCGGGAGGAGCUCGCACAGGAGCACACGGCUCACAUAGAGCAGCUCUCCAGCCAGCAUCAGCAACACAUCCAACAGCUCGAGUCAAAGCUGGCUGAUCUCAGUCAAGAGGUGUUAGCUGUGCAGGAAUGCUACAUUUCUGUUUGCAAAGAGAAGGACAAGCUGGAGGAAAAUCUCCAAAACAAGCUUGAAGAACAGAGGAGAUUGAAAGAAAAUGAGUUAAAGAGGCGAGAGGAGAGUGAGGCUGCUCUGGAGAGACUGAGGUCUGAUCUGAAGCAUGAGCAUCAGGAGGACGUGUCUCGGCUCAAAGCCCAGUGGAAGACAGACACGCAGGCUGAGAUUGAGCUGCGGGUCAGAGAGCAGCUGGAAACGGCCAGGAAGAGCUGGCAGCAGGAGCAGGAGACGUUGGAGCAGUCCUGGGCUCAGAGGUUACAGGAGGCUGAGGAAGAGGUCAGGAAGGCCAGGCAGUCAGACACCCGUGAGGGAGCGUGUCAGCUGAUUUCAGUGGAGGAGCUGGAGGUCCGGCUCAGCGCUCAGAGGAAGACCCUGCAGCAGGAGGCUGCGAUGGCCCAGGCCAGAGCCGUGGAGGAAGCAGUACGAGACGCUCGGAGAGAGAUGCAGCAGAAACACACUGAUGACAUCACACUCCAGUAUGUUGAAUCAGAUGAGCAUGAGGCAGCCCUGCAGAAGGAGCAGCAGGGUCAUCUCAAAGCCCUUGAGGAACUGAAACAAACCUCAAAUGCUGAUGCACUUUCAGGCGGUUCAAUCAGCCAGCAGAAUCUUCAAGCAGGUCUUGAGGAAAUGAACGAGCAAUACAUGAAAGCCGUGGAGAAAAUCAGAGGUGACAUGCUGCGUUACCUGCAGGAGAGUAAGGAACGGGCGGCAGAGCUGAUCAGGACUGAGGUCCUGAGGGAAAGACAGGACACAGCCAGACGCAUGCGCAGGUGCUACCUCACCUGCCUGCAGGAGCUGCUGGAGGACGGAGGCCAGGCCGCAGGAGCUGAGAAGAAAAUCAUAAAUGCUGCUAGCAAACUGGCCGCCAUGGCCAAAGUCCUCGAGACCCCGGUGGCCAAACGCAAGCUUUCGAGAACCCAGAACUCUCAAGGUGGAUCAGACAAAACGGACAUUGAAACCAGCUGUUCUCCUGCUAAAGUGCUGGGAGCCGAAGCCCUCAAGGAUGGUAAGGACAAACAGAUCCAUCAGAUCCACAAUCUAAUGGACACCAACUAUACAUCCAUGAUGGCUAAACAGAAAGGCGUCAAACCUAAAGCCCUCGAACCAGAUUCUCUCAGGUCUGCAGUGGUAUGUGGAUCUAAAGACACUUUUACGGUUGCUCAGGUAACUCAGAAGCAAACACACUUUGCACACAAUAGAGUUUUUAACAGCGUUGUCAGGACCCCUAAUGUCACACUGAGAAAACAGAGCAGGGAAAUGUUCAUGGAGGGUUUUGAGUCCGGUAAAACGGAUCCAUCAUCCAUCCAGUCCUUCCUGAUCGAAGAAGCUCCCGUUCGGGAUGACGGACACAGUGACUGGAGUUUAACCAGUAAUGGAUCCAACUUCAUCAGCAACAUUCACCUGACCUCCUCCUAUCCAGAGCCUGGAAAGCCGUUCUCAGUUAACGGCGGUUUGGACUUUGGAAGCUCCAUCGGCGAGAACUCUGAUGUUACGAUAUACAAGGAGUUUGUUCAGCCUACGUCUUACUCGAAACCCAAUGUGUGUGCGGACAGGAGAACAAAUAAACACAGAGAGCCAAUCCCUGGAUCUGAGGGACAUGGUGUCCAGAAAAAGUGUCCAAAGAGCUUAUUUUCAGAGUUGAAAGUGCGUCAGCAGGACAGUGGGUUCGACAGCCCAUUGGCACUGCUUCAGAAAUGAAGUUUGGAUUUGUUUGUGACUGAGC